AUCAGGAGCGGAACACCUGUGUGUCAGUUACAGGGGAGGACACAACCUUCUGAGCUGUCCAAGGCUGGAGACUUUGUCUUAGGUGGCAUUUUCACCUUGCGCACUGGGUACAGAGGCAGUGUGCCCAGCUUUCAAACCUCACCCGACCCUCCAACAUGCCUGCACAUCAACGUAAGAGAAUUCAAAUUUGCCCAGACCAUGAUCUUUGCAAUUGAAGAAGUAAAUCAAAAUCCUGCUAUUCUUCCCAACCACACUCUGGGCUACAAGAUACACAACUCCUGUGGAAUGACAAAAAUUAUAAAGUCUGCCAUAGAUUUAGCCAGCGGGCAGAGGGAGGUCAUAAAAGAGAAGAACUGUACAAAGGCUGACACUGCACAGGCUGUACUAGGCCACUCUGGCUCUGCACCCACAGUGGGAUUUGCUCGAAUUUUAGGAAGGUUCAGGAUACCAGUGCUCAGCCACUUUGCAACCUGUGCAUGUCUCAGCAACAGAGAGGAGUUUCCAUCCUUCUUCCGAACUAUCCCCAGUGAUCUCCACCAGAGCAGAGCCCUGGCGAAGCUGGUCAAGCACUUUGGCUGGACCUGGGUAGGGGCAAUAAGCAACAAAAACGACUAUGGUAUUAACGGGAUUGCCACAUUUAUACAAGCUGCACAAGAAGAGGAUGUGUGUGUAGAGUAUCAUGUGGCAUUUGAGCAAACAGGUCCUCUUCAUGAGUUAUCAAAAGUAGUUGAAACUGUGAAGUACUCCACCUCUAAAGUCAUUGUGGCAUUCAUGUCUCACAGAGAAGUGAAUGUGUUGGCGACUGAGUUGUACAAACAGAACAUAACAGGACUGCAGUGGGUUGGCAGUGAUGCCUGGAUCACAGAUCACUCUCUGACUGACAGUGAGGGACACAGCAUCCUCGUGGGCUCGCUAGGCUUCACUGUCAGCAAAGCUCAGAUCCCGGGGCUGGAGGAGCACCUGAGGCAGCUCCACCCCUCACAGUUUCCUGACAGUCAGUUUGUCAGAGAUUUCUGGGAAGACGUGUUUGACUGCACUCUGAAUGAUACUGCAAACACACAAAGAAAGCUGUGCAGUGGCAAUGAGAGCUUGCAGAAUGUUGAAUCAUAUUUCACAGAUGUUUCUGAGCUGAGAUUCACUAAUAAUGUGUACAAGUCAGUUUAUGCAGUGGCUCAUGCUCUCCACAGCCUGGUCACAUGUGAAGAGCAGAGAGGCCCCUUCUUAAAUGGGAGCUGCACUGAUACUACAAACAUUCAACCAUGGCAGGUGCUACAUUACUUACAGAAUAUCAACUUCACAACAAGUCAGGGGGAAAGAGUGAUGUUUGACCAAAAUGGAGAUUCACCUGCAAGAUAUGAGCUCAUAAAUUUACAACAAGUGACCUCAGGGACCAUGCAUGUUUCCACAGUUGGGAUUUUUGAUGUCACUCUGCCCCCUGAGCGUCAGUUUAUAAUGAAUGGCAUGAAGAUAGUGUGGGGAAGAGAAAGUCACACGGUGCCUGUGUCAGUGUGCAGUGAGAGCUGCCCCCCAGGAAAACGCAAAGUCCUGCAGAAAGGAAAACCUGUUUGCUGUUAUGACUGUAUACCAUGUGCAGAGGGAGAAAUCAGUAACAUCACAGACUCUAUAGAGUGCUUCAAAUGUCUCUUUGAUUAUUGGCCGAAUACCAGAGGAGACACUUGCAUCUUAAAGGAAAUUGAAUUUCUGUCUUACGCAGAGAUCAUGGGGAUCAUUUUAACAUUUUUUUGUUUGAUGGGGGCGAUUUUGACAGCUAUGAUAGCAUUAGUGUUCUUUCACUUCAGAGAAACUCCUAUUGUGAGGGCCAACAACUCUGAGCUGAGCUUCCUGCUGCUCUUCUCCUUGACUCUGUGUUUCCUGUGUUCUCUGACCUUCAUCGGCCGGCCCUCUGAGUGGUCCUGCAUGCUGCGACACACAGCAUUUGGCAUCACCUUUGUUCUCUGUAUCUCAUGUGUACUAGGAAAAACAAUAAUAGUGUUAAUGGCCUUAAAAGCAACACUUCCAGGUAGUAAUGUAAUAAAAUGGUUUGGGCCUGCACAGCAGAGGCUCAGUGUUCUGGCUUUCACUCUCGCACAGGUUUUAAUUUGUAUACUUUGGCUGACCAUCAACCCUCCAUUUCCCUACAAAAAUAUGAACCACUAUAAGGAUAGGAUUAUACUGGAGUGCGCUUUGGGAUCACCUGUAGGAUUCUGGGCUGUACUAGGAUACAUAGGACUCUUAGCUGUGUUAUGUUUUGUACUUGCUUUUUUGGCUAGAAAUUUACCAGACAAUUUCAAUGAAGCUAAAUUCAUCACCUUCACCAUGCUGAUAUUCUGUGCAGUCUGGAUCACCUUUAUUCCAGCAUAUGUCAGCUCUCCUGGGAAGUUCACAGUGGCUGUGGAGAUAUUUGCUAUAUUGGCCUCCAGUUAUGGCCUUCUUCUCUUCAUUUUUAUCCCCAAAUGUUAUGUUAUUUUACUGAGGCCUGAACAAAAUACCAAAAAGCAUGUAAUGGGCAAAACAAAAGAUAUUCACUAUUAA